AUGAAAGUUGAAGGCUGCGAAAAAAUUUGGUCUUCUUUCUCGCUCAGAAAUUCCGGCGUCCUUGUAUUUUGUGUUAACGAGACGAGACGAGAAAAAGGUUAUUCUCAACGAGAGAUCAUAUCACCUCGGUACGAUUUAGUCCUGAACAGGAGAGACGAUCAAGUUUUGGAAAUAAUCGGUCCAAAGUGGUUGUCGUUUAGAGGAAGAGUAAUGGCCGACGUCGUUGACGAAGCAUGGCAAAUCGAGGUAGAGGAGUUGGAAUUGUCGGACUCACCCCCACGAGGAUUUCACUUUGCCUCAGUUCACGGGCCGAUCAUCAGUGGUUAUGGCUUAGUAGCGGUGAAAGAUCCAUUGGUGAUUGAGUUAAGAGAUAACAAUAGCGAAGUGAGUUCAACAACCUCAAGCUGUGACAUUUCCGAAGCUGAUUAG